GGGAGGGGCUCGUACCAAAACAAGCUAGAGUUACAUUUUUCACAAAAACUGACCAGAAAUAAUAAUGAAGCCAAGACAGCUAUUAUGUAAGACUCUGCUUGCAGUGGGCUGCUUGCAAAUGGUGAUUGUGUUGGUGUCUGGGCAAGCAACUGGUACAGUGUGUCCUCCAGUAGCUGGAGCACCAGGGUGUGUGUGCGACCAUCCAGAUGGGAAGAUUGACGUCAGACCACUUGCUAACUCUGAUGGCACUCCAAAGUACACAGGUCUGAUUGACCCAAAUAGCUACCCCUACAGCAUUAAUCCUUGCACUCCUUUCUCUGCAAGUGGAGAGUGCACCAACGUAUUUAUCUGUCAAGGAGAUCCAAAUAUUGACAAUGCAUUUUAUGACAUUGCUGAUGCUGGAACCGAACAAAUCUACAUAGACACUGAUAAUAAAGUUUACCUCUACUACACCACUCAAAACAGAUUUGCAAGAAUCUAUCUGGAGUGUGAUACUUCGGAAACUGGUACCCCAAAGUGGGACGUCAAGGGGGACAGUGCAGGAGUAAUUCUCCAUUAUGAAUUCACAAUGACUCAUGCUAGUUUAUGCCCUGGGGCUUCAGGGGGCGGGGGUGGAGGUUCAGACGACUCGAUUGCAGGACCUGUGGGACUAGUGUUGAUAUUCUUGUUACCAGUUGCCCUGAUAGCAUAUUUUGUGAUUGGAGCUGUGAUCAUGGCGGUCAAGUACAACGCUGCAGGGUCGGACAUCAUUCCACACAAGGCUUUCUGGCUUGAUCUACCACUACUAAUUAAGGACGGAGUUAUGUUUACAUUCAACCCGUGUCUGUCUGCUGUGAAGAACCGCGGCUAUAACAAGACAGUUAAAUACCAGGAGAAGAUGACCAUGUUGCUCUCAAGAACCUCAGUCAUCCUGUUAGCUUUAGCUGCAUGCAUUUUUGCAGACCCAGAUCCUCCUACUGGAACCCUCUGCGCACCUAUGAUUGGCAAGCUUGGAUGUGUCUGCAAUCAUCCUGAUGGUCAGGGAGUGAUUGAUCUUACAGGCUUAGGCAAACAAGAUGGCACUGCAAGAUUCAGCGGUGGCAUAACUGACCCUGUGGGUUACAGCUAUGCUUGGAAUCCCUGCUAUUCAUUUGACUCAACUAAUGGCGGAUGUAAUGCAGUAUUUGUUUGCCAAACUCAAGCGGAUGGAUCAGCAAGUUACACUGUUGCUGACGCUCAGGAGCAAAUAUGGAUUGAUGAUACCACAAAAGUACCAUACGUUUAUUACACGGGACCAGAUAAUAGAAACACAAGAGUAUACCUGGACUGUGACAAAAGUGUGACCGGGGAGCCUCAGGUUACUACUACAGGAGACAGUGUGAAGCAACUGAGUUACGUUUUCCGCAUCAAAUCAGAUAAAGUUUGUCCUACUGCUGGUGGUGGUGGUGAUGGUGGUGAUGGUGAGAGCAUUGCAGGAAUUGCAGGGAUUGUCAUCAUUUUUCUGCUACUAGGUGCGUUGGUGACAUACUUUGUGAUUGGAGCUGUGAUCAUGACGGUCAAGUACAACGCUGCAGGGUCAGACAUCAUUCCACACAAAGCUUUCUGGCUUGCUCUACCACUACUAAUUAAGGACGGUGUUCUCUUCACUUUCUCCCCAUGCGUAUCUGCUUUCAAAAAUCGUGGUUAUGACAAGGCAUAACACUGCUUUUUUGUUGUAUAGUUUUGUAGUGAGUUUUAAAUUGUGUGGUGUGUGUGCCGG